UAAACGCAGCAAAGCGAGAAUGCGCCACGAAAUGGCUCUUCAUGUCGGUUAUAUUUGAUGCAUCACGCACUACACAUAGCAGCUGAAGCCUUCCUGAUCACUGUUGAUACAAUAUCUGAUAAUGAUUAAGAGAGAGACAGAAAGGGGAAAAAAAGAGUUGCAUUUGGAGGAUUCAAAACGAUUCUUCCGAGACAGACACUCGCCCAGCAAUGGCGCAGCUUGUUUUUCAGCUCUGAAAGAUCAGCAUUGUGUGGAGAAGCCAUUUUGAAAUCGCAGACAGCAGAGAAGCCAUUACAGCAGUUCAUAAAAAAAGUCGCUUUUGGAUAAAAGGGGCAGAGAACCAUCCUCUAAAGCAGAUUUACCCCUAAAACACACUUAUAUUAUCCCUAGGGUGUCGUCAUCUUCGUGGAUUACGUUUACAUAAUUUUAAGUGAAUGGCACUCCCUGUCCCAUCUAAAAAGAAACCAUGUGCAUUAAUGGAUCUGAAGAUCGAGCUGAAAUUGUUCCUUUUUCUUCUACGUAUAGGCCUGUUACAUAUAUAUUUCAUCAGAAUGAAAAGGUCUGGCGAACGGGAUGGAAAACAGCCAUCCAGUUUGCAGCUCAGGGGAGAAACGUAGUCACCAUUGGAGGAGUUACAAGUUGAUUAUUGACCCAGCGUUGAAAAAGGGAUCGCAUAAAGUCUAUCGUUACGAUGGACAUAAUUUCAGCAUGCCCAACCCGGGAAUGCAACCCGUGGAUACUGUCCGAGACCCGAGAAUCGGUCGUCUCUGGACCAAAUACAAGGAGACCGAUCUACCGGUUCCUAAGUUCAAGAUUGAUGAAUGUUAUGUCGGUCCCGUCCCUCCAAAGGAGGUGACGUUUGCAAGACUGAACGACAACAUUCGGGAAGGUUUCUUGACAGACAUGUGCAAGAAAUUCGGCGAUAUAGAGCAGGUGGAAAUUUUGUACAAUCCCAAGAACAAGAAGCAUUUGGGAAUAGCAAAAGUUCUUUUCGGCUCCGUAAAGGCGGCAAAGGACACCGUUCAAAAUCUUCACAAUACUUCUGUGAUGGGAAACAUUAUCCACGUGGAGCUCGACCCUAAAGGUGAAAACCGAAUGCGGUACUUCGAGCUCCUGAUCAAUGGUUUUUACACCCCUCGGACUCUUCCGGUGGGUGGUGAGGACCCUCGAGAGAUUUCACCCCACAGCCUCGCUGAUGCCCUGCUGGCUAUCGAACCUGCCAAGAGACUGUCCGAAGGCAGCUCUUCCACGCUGGGCGGUCCCACCACCCCUAACAGCAUUAACACGCCCCUCUCCCUGGACACGGCCUAUUCCAGCCUGCGGCAGGACACGCCCAACAGCUUCGGGCACACGCCCCAGUCCCAGGGUACCCCGCAUACUCCACGAAUGGCGGGUACCCCCUUCUCCCAAGACUCCAGCUACUCCAGCAGGCAGACCACCCCAGCUUACCAGUCCAGCCGGGCGGAGGGCUCGGGGGGGUACAAGGCCCGGAGGCACGAAACCAAGUUUCAGGACGCCUACAACCGGCGGCCCGAGCGCCACUAUGUGCACAACACCAGCGGGGCCUACCGUGGCUCGGAGCAGACGUCCUUCUCCAGCCCCCCUUUCAAACACCAGCCACCCCCGCCACCCCCAGAGCCCGCCCCCUCCGCCCCGCCUGCCAGCUCGGCCGGCUACAAGUCGGCUUUCUCUCCGUACCAGGCCCCGCCUCCCCCCACAUACCCCCACGUAGAGCCAGCGCCCCACCACCCGCCCCGGGAGCAGGAGUACAGGAGGAUCCCCCCACCCCCUCCUGCCGCCAAGGCCUUCCCCCCCGGUACCACGGCCGCUGCCGGGGCCUGUGUAGACUUUGUGCCGGUGAAGGAGAAGCCGGAAACGCCGCCCCUCCCUGACCCCCCGCCGUCUGCUGAGCUGCUGCCCGCUGCCCCGCUGUGCAGGACCCCGGAGCAGUGCCCGUCCCCAGGCACCCCCACGCUGGAGUCGGAGCGCAACAGCCUGGACUCCCGCAUCGAAAUGCUGCUGAAGGAGAAGAGGACCAAGCUGCCCUUCCUGAGCGAGAGGGACUCAGACACCGAGGUGCGCAUGGAGGGCAGCCCCAUCUCCUCGUCCUCCUCCCAGCUGUCCCCCAUCCCGCCCUACACUGCCAACUCCCAGCCUGGCUACUGCGGGGCCACCCCGGCCUCCCGCCCCUCCAGCACCGGCCUGGAAGACAUCAGUCCCACGCCUCUGCCCGACUCGGACGAAGACGAGCCCGUCCUGGGGACGGCCUCUUUGGUGCGGAGCUCCGGGGCCUCCUCCCCCUGUGACCCCCUCUCCCAGGCCAAGAUGGACAGGAGCAAGAGGAAAGACUCCUCCCUGGGGGAUGAGACGCCCACUGACAAGAUGGAUGUGAGCCACCAGUCCUCUGGAGAGGACAUGGAAAUCUCGGAUGACGAGAUGCCCGGCACACCGAUAGCCAGUGGUGACUGCGCCAAGGGCAUCGUGGUCAACUCCGCCAUCACCCUCCCUCCUCCCGGGUUCCCUCCUCUACCCCCUCCCCAGGCAGGCUUCCCGCUGCCACCCCCACACCUCCCGCCCCACCCUGCCGUCCCCGGCCCCCCUCCGCCGCUGCCCGGCCCCCCGGGCGUUCCUCCCCACGCCAUGAUGCACCCGCUGCACCCGUAUGCGCCCAACAUGGUGCCCAUGAUGCAGAUGGACCUGGUCAGCUGCCUGCCCCAGUGGAGCAGCAUGCAGAUGUCCUUCCAGAUGCAGACCCAGAUGUUGAGCCGCAUGAUGCAGGGCCAGCGGGGGUACCCCUACCCUCCCUUCAUGGCCGGAGGUGGGGCCAUGCAGUUUGGGAACCCCUACCGCCCUUUUUCCAUCGCAGGGGCACCGUCAGCGAGCAUGGGGCACGGACAGCCCUGGCCCUUGCCCGCCAUGCCUAAAUUCAACCCCGCGGUGCCCCCGCCGGGGUAUGAACCCAAGAAGGAGGACCCACACAAGGCUACGGUGGACGGGGUGCUCAUGGUUAUUGUCAAGGAGUUGAAGGCUAUCAUGAAGAGGGACCUCAACCGCAAGAUGGUGGAGGUGGUCGCUUUCAGGGCCUUUGAUGAAUGGUGGGACAAGAAGGAGCGUUCGGCCAAGGCUUCUCUCACGCCGGUGAAGUCUGGGGAGGGGAAGGAAGAGGAGAAGGAGAAGCCCAAGCCCAGGGAGCCCAUAGCCUCCAGCCUGCUGGAGAACUGGAACAAGGGCGAGUGCUUGGGCUAUGAGGGCAUGGGGCUGGGCAUUGGCCUGCGGGGUGCCAUCCGUUUGCCCUCCUUCAAGGUGAAGCGGAAGGAGCCCCCUGACCAGGCGUCCACAGGGGACCCAAAAAGGAUACGCCCCUCUACACCUGUGGAUGAUGAGCUGGAGGAUGAAGAGUCUGAGCGGGACCGGGACAUAGGGGACCUCUCAGACAUGUCCAAGAAGGACGGCGACGUCUUAGCCAUCAGGCGAAGACACGCUCGGCCGCUGGAGCUGGACAGUGAGGGGGAGGAAGAAGAGGAGACUUCUGGGAAAGAGGAGGAGUCCUUGUCGGACAAAGAGGAACCAGAGGAAACCGAAGCAUCCGAAAGGCUCUCCUCUGGCAAGGAGGAUGAUGAAGAUGAAGAAGAUGAUGAGGAGGAAGAGGAGGAGGAUGAAGAUGAAGUCGAAUCUGACAGUAGUGAGAGGGAAGAAUCAUCUGAUGAGGAAGUUGGCAGCAUGACUUCAUCCAAAGCAGACUCCGAUUCCUCUGAGGAAAGUGACGACUCCUCCGACUAUGACUCAAGCUCUGAGGAGCAUGAGGAUGAAGAAGAGGACGUGGAGGCGGGGGACGAGGAAGAAGACGAGGAAGAGGAGGAGCUCCGGGUGUCCACAUCCGAUGACGAUGAGGAGGAGGUGGAGGUCAAACCUCCAGCCACGCCCACGGCACCGGUCCUGCACGACGACGAGCUGGAGCUGGCUCUGCUGGGCGUGGCGGAGCAGGGGAUCGAGCAGGCGGAGCUGCGGGAGGAGCCAGAGGAAGACCUGCCGCACACUGCCUUCCUGGAGGGCGACGAGAUGGUGCACUGCAUCAGCACCAGGCUGGAGGACCCCGUCUCUCACAUCCUGCCCCCCGAACCACCACAUGACCUCCGGCCACCCUCACCUAAGGGAGUUCCAGCAGAGGAGCCCGAGCCGGAGAUUGAGGUAGAGGCUGAUCUCCCAGAGGUGAAGAUGGAGCCUCAUGAGGACUUUGGGAACCUCCGCCCCCCUACCCCGACCGGCUCUUUGGUGGACAGUGACCUCGAUGUACGGCUCAAGGGCAAAUUCUCCUCCCCUACGGCGGAGGAAGAGGAACUGCCACGCACGCCAGGCCGUGAGGCCGUCGCCCUCCUAGAGGCAGAGGUGCCCGUCGAGAAGCUCCUACCUCCAGCAUCCAUCGUGCCCCACCCUAUCCCCUGCUCAGCCCCCAUCAUUGAAGUCCAGUCCCUGCUCCUGCCCCCUGGUCUGCUGCCUGACCUUCCCCCCUCAACCAGGAUCACGGCAGAUGAGGACUUGCCCAGAACGCCUGGGAGGGACUUAAUGACCAAGGUGGCCAAGUGCUUGGGGAAAUCCCAGAGUACAGACACUGUGCCAAUCACGCCGGGCAGCGAAGCACCCCUUACGGGGAGCAGCCUGACGCUGAGCUCUCCCCACAUACCCGGCAGCCCAUUCUCUUACCCCUCCCAAUCCCCCGGUGUCAGUGCGGGCAUCCCACGGACCCCUGGGCGGGACUUCACCUUCACCCCCACCUUCCCCGACCCCGCCUCUGUGGCAUUCGGCAUCCCCAUCCACAGGAAGGCCUCCUCCGACAGUCUGGAGGAGAGGCUUCUGUUCAAGGAGCCGCCCCCCAGCGCUUCCCCGCUCAGCUGCUUCCUCGGGCCACCGCCGACCCCCGCCCUCUGCCCCGACCCCCUUCCCGUCGAGUUGGACUCGGUGCCACCCCCUCCUCCCACCCCCUGCGCGCCCCUGAUAGAGUCCAUUCUGAAUGAAGCCAGCGUGCCAGAAGACCAGCCAGCCGCUGUCCAACCAGCGGAACCUUCUGUGCCUCCCGACAUCACCCCGCCCAAAAGGAAGCCAGGGCGGCCCAAGUCGAAGAAGACCCCUGUAGUGGCCCCACCCGAACAAAUGGAGCAGCCCCAUGUGGCCGAUGUGCCCCCCUCCCUGCCGCCUGACCUCCCGGUUAAAGACCUUCUCGCAGACAUGCCGGUCACGGCCACUGUUGUGCCUUGCGCUGCAACAGACCCUGCGUUGGUGACCCUGGACUUCAGGGAAGACUGGACCCAGCUGGAGGAGCAGGACAAGCUGCCCCUCCAGGAGCUGGACAACCGGCUUCUGGAGGAGGAUUUCCUGCAGAAGCCACAGAGGAGGGUGAGGCGGCGGCAGGAGGAGCUGCUGCUGGCUGCCCACUCCCCCGUGGCCUCCUCUCCCAGGCCCUUCUUCCCCCCACGCUCUGAAUUUGAGGAGAUGACCAUCCUCUACAACCUCUGGAAUGAUGGCAUUGAUGAGGAGGACAUCCGGAACCUGCAGAUCACCUACGACAAAAUGCUGCAGCAGGACAACGGCAACGACUGGCUGAACGACACCCUCUGGGUCCAUCAUCCUCCAACCAGCAUUGCUCCAAUAAAGAGGAAGAAGAGGGACGACGGGAUGCGAGAUCACAUGACGGGAUGCGCUCGCAGCGAGGGUUAUUACAAAAUCGACAAAAAGGACAAAUUGAAAUACCUCAACAGCACACGGCCAUUGAUGGACGAGCCACCCAUGGACACGCAGGGGAUGAGUAUCCCAGCUCAGCCGCACAUCUCCACCCGGGCCGGGUCCGAGCGCCGGUCCGAACAGCGCCGCUUGCUCUCCUCCUUCAGCUGUGACAGCGACCUCCUCAAGUUCAACCAGCUCAAGUUCCGCAAGAAAAAGAUCCGCUUCUGCAAGAGCCACAUCCAUGACUGGGGCCUCUUCGCCAUGGAGCCCAUCGCAGCAGAUGAGAUGGUCAUCGAGUACGUGGGCCAGAACAUCCGACAGGUUAUCGCGGACAUGCGUGAGAAACGCUACGAGGACGAGGGAAUCGGUAGCAGCUACAUGUUCCGAGUGGACCACGACACCAUCAUCGACGCCACCAAGUGUGGGAACUUUGCCAGGUUCAUCAACCACAGCUGCAAUCCCAACUGCUACGCAAAAGUUAUCACUGUGGAGUCACAGAAGAAGAUCGUUAUCUACUCCAGGCAGCCCAUCAGCGUAAAUGAGGAGAUCACAUACGAUUAUAAGUUCCCUAUCGAGGAUGACAAAAUCCCGUGCCUGUGCGGGGCGGAAAACUGCCGGGGCACCCUGAACUAGAGCAGGACUUGGGCAUGGGAUUGUUCAGACUACACUAGUCAGGACCUACAGACCUACGGUUCAGACUACAGUAGUCAGGACCUACAGACGUACGGUUCAGACUACAGUAGUCAGGACCCAUUGCAUGGUUGCACUAUGCCAAAAAAAUUGGAAACAAUCAAACUUCUACAAAACUACAAAGCAAAAAGGGGGAUGAAAACGGGAAGAUGUGUGUGAAUAGAACACACUAAUUAAUCGCACUUAGGCUCAAAGCUUCUUCCAUUAGCUCCUGUGCAGCUAGGUGUUUUUUUUUGUUGUUGUUGUUGUUGUUGUUUACAGUUUCAGGUGCUUUCUCUACAAACAUUUAAUGUGUUACUCAUUUUUUUCUGCCUUGCGCACAAGACACUAGAUCUUCUCACCCUACCUCCAACUACUCACCUUUCCCAUGUGAUCUCUUCCAUAGCCCUUCCCUCCAUCCCACACACAGUACUAUCACUGCCUAUUUGGAAUGUAAAGCUGCUAUGUUUUCCUUGAGUGUCAAACAAGUACGAACAUAAUUCUUCUGCUCCCAUACAGGUGCUAACGUGUGCGGUGAGAAUCACUAUUACGUGGAAGUGAAUGUUGGGUUUUCGCUGAUCGAUUACUUUAAUUUGUCUCAAUUAUAUUUUCAUGGAGGCAACAGAGAGGCCUUGGGUUCAGUGUUGCAGUUUCUGAAGGAUUGACCAUGCUAAGUGGAAGUGCUUUAAAAAUGGUGAUGCCUAAUGUUUGCUGCUAAUAGACUGUUUGCAGUGGAAAGCUAGUGGGAUGCUAGUGGAAGGAGGCCUUUUUUUACUGCUUGCCCUGUGUCGUGGGUGUGAGGGGCUCGUAGUGAAGGUAUACUAGCCUAAAAGCUAAUGUUCUCAAUGUUUACCUCAUCGUUUAGUUUCCCAUACUUCAUAAUAUUUUAGAUUUUUGUUUGUUUUUCUAUAUACCCAUGACUUGAGCUCUCUGAGAGAAAAACAAAAAAUGACUGACGAUCACUAGUAAAUAUCCUUGUGUGAGGGGUAAAUUCAAUGUACAUUGUGUUCAACAUUGUCCAACAUUAAUACUGUAAUCAACUGUAUAGAUUCAUUCCAAGAGAGCUUGUCUCUGGGAGUUGAAUCUGUACAUUUAUAAACUAUUAAUAUAUACUGCCCCCUGGUGGCUAGAUUGCAGAAUUGAAGUUGAAUUCCUAGCUCAUCAUGACUAGGGAAGCAGUUUGUAGUUCCGUUAACCAGAUCACUACCCUGCUGGAGGACAGGCAUUAUGUUAGUAUGUCACCUGGACACUUAACAGGAUGUUAUUCUGUGUGAGGGAGGCAGUCAGUUUGGCAGUGUAAGUAAUAUACUUUGUUUCAGUUGCCUUUUUUUACACAGAUUGUGCACUUUACUGAAAAUUACUGAAUGAGGUUACUUUCCUUACCCCUCAGUCCAGGGACAGUUUGUCUUUACUUUUAUUCUAUGCUUCCUGCAUUAGUGUUUGAUUAUAAUUGGUGGUACUGGUACAGACAUUCUAACUGUAUGUAUGUGUGUGUGUGUGUGUGUGUGUGUGUGUGUGUGUAUAUGCAUGUGCGUGUGUAUGUGAUUCCCUGAACAACAAUGCCUCUGUGAAGUCUCUCAGUCUCAUGAGCAUGUGCUACGCAGUAGGUAUCAUUUAUAUAUAUAUAUAUGUAUAUAUCAGGAGUUUUGGUCCUAGUGAGUGCAAGGCAGGACCUCACCAAUAUGACCUCUUAGCCAAAAUUCUCCUUUUAUUAGGUAAGUCUGCCCGCUGGUCCCUCCUGCUGCUGUAAAGAGGUGCUGGACAGUUCCUUCUGACCCAAACCUUUCGGUUGUGACUGAAAGAAGCGGCCUUAGAAACCAUAGCUAGUGUCCCUCACUGACUCACAGCUGGCUGACUGACAGAGCAAGCAGCUGCUGCAGUAGCAGUAUUUGUACUCUAGAGGGCGAAACAGACUUUUGGAAACAGUUAUGGCCAAUGAGAACAGUGCCUAUUCAAAUCUCCUUUUCAGAACUAAUGGAUAGCACCUUUUCAGAUAGAGUGUGUGUGUGUGUGUGUGAGUGAGUGAGUGAGUGAUAGAGUCAGUGCGCAUGGUCUUUACUAAUUCUUUGGUGCUACAGCUGAAAUGUCCAGGGCCUUGGAAGGAGGCUCCUGUGUUUACAUAUUUUUGGAAGUAACUCCCUUAACUCCAGCCUUUCACACGCUGUUUAUUCGUUUUUGUUUCACCUGCCAUUUUCGUUUCAGUUCCCAUAUGGUGCUUUUUCUGUUUUCAUUUAAAUUACGUAUGUAUUUUCACCAUCUGUCAUAAAAGUAGCAGCAGUAAUUAUUGGUUGUUCAAGUAUAAUUUUGUUUUGUUGUUGUUAUUGUUACAAAUGCACUAAGGCUGGGGCCCUUUCUUGCCAAGGGCCCCAUCUGUAAAUCAGAAACCCCAAAACCCCACAUUAUUGUACAUCCUGCCUGCAGCUUCUGAGGAUUCACACAGGGUUAUGAGGCGGCUUUUUAAACAGAAUCAUCAUUAUGUUUAUAUUGUACAUGUUAAUUUGUAUCAUGUGAGGCAAUUUUAUCUUCAGCAAGGGUGCGGGAAAGGGCAGUGGGGUACUGAAAAUUCCAUGAGUUUAUUUCCUCUUUUUUUUUUUUUUUUUUUUUUUUAGAAAAAACAAAUGAUUAUUUAACAAUUGUGAUAUUUUCAGGGAGCAUUAAACAUGUAAAGUAAAAAAAGAAGAUAAAUUGUUUAUUUGAAGCAAAGGUGCGUGUAAUACAUCAUAUGAACCGGCAUUUCCCUUGGAAAGAUUGUUUCUUGUAGAAACGUCUUUUUUUCCUUUUUCCAGCCCUUUGCUCUUUGUAAGCUGUAGAUUGUAAAUAGUUGUGGAUGUUUUUGUUUGGGGUGUUUGCUACAGAAACGCAGCUUGGAGGUAUGCACAAAGUGUAGAGUACACUCGUGCACACACAGCUGGUAGCAAUGUAUUCAGCUUGUGUCAAGCUUUUUUUGUAAAUUCUGUGUACAUCUAUUUGCAGUGUAGAGAAUACAAGCAUUAUUCCGUGAAAGAAAAAAUGGCAAAAGAGCUGGGUGAGCUUACAUGACUUCUCACUUGCCUAUUUAUUAUAAUGACUGAAAUGUUUAAAAAUAAUAAAAUUAAGAAAUAAAGGCAUCUUCAAAUAUUUAUGGACAGCUAAAAGUGGAUUUAUUGUUUUUACACAUACACUAACGCACAAUCUCCUCCAUUGCCACUGCAGAAGUCUCAGUGGUUUAAGCAAAGCUUAUUAAAUAUCAAUGCCCACUGAGAAGUUUCUAGCUAGCCUCUUUGCAGUUUGUUUUUAUUCAUUAUAUUUGACCAUUUUUAACUAAUUUUUCUAAACACAUUCAUAUUUGGGAAUAAAAACAGGUUCUGUGGAUUGAGGUAUGGACAUUGAAAUGGUUUGCAAUAAAAAAUGUCUGAGACAUUUGUAUUGGUUAUUUUUAUUGUUUUUAAUUUUACUAAGGCCCAGCUUUGGAGACUGUACUGUUUAUUGUUUUUUUUUUUUUAUUUACACACCUAGAGGUUUUUGUGUUGAUGGAUAAUGUGCCGAAUAUCUUUGUUGACAAGUGUUGUGUCUUGCUGUACAUAUUUGUUCAUACUUUUGUGAAUUCAUGAUUAUGUAUUAUUGUAUUAUAGUAACUUUUAUAAAGGAAUCCAUAAACAUACUGACCUUUUGUUAAUAA